AUGGGUUACAAAUCCACUUUUGACGAAUCUGGGGGUGGGCGUCUGAGCUCAACCCGCUCGAGGAUCCUGGAUCCCAAACUGCAGAAGAAGAAGCGAGCAGAAAUCUGUAGGCCAACGGGGGCCCCAGGCUGGGCCACAGUCUCCAUAUCGCUGGUCCGGGACCGCGAGGAGGCGAAGAACAAAUUGUCGGCGCUGGUGCACCGCUUAUGGUUGUUCACAGGGUCAAAGGUCGGGCCGGAGGACGCGAUGCCGCGCAUCGUGGAGCAGCCGCCAGAUCUGCUGGUCUCCCGAGGCGAGCCGGCCACGCUGCCCUGCCGCGCGGAGGGCCGGCCGCGGCCCAACAUCGAGUGGUACAAGAAUGGGGCGCGCGUGUCCACCGCGCGCGAGGAUCCGCGCGCACACCGCCUGCUUCUGCCCAGCGGCGCCCUCUUCUUCCCGCGCAUCGUGCAUGGGCGCCGCGCGCGGCCGGACGAGGGUGUCUACACUUGCGUGGCGCGCAACUACCUGGGAGCGGCGGCUAGUAGAAACGCCUCUCUAGAAGUGGCAGUCCUCCGCGAUGAUUUCCGGCAGUCUCCUGGGAACGUGGUGGCGGCCGUGGGGGAGCCCGCGGUAAUGGAAUGCGUGCCCCCCCGCGGCCACCCAGAGCCCUCCGUGUCCUGGAAGAAGGAUGGUGCUAGACUCAAGGAGGAGGAGGGAAGGAUCACGCUCCGUGGAGGGAAGCUGAUGAUGUCACAUACGCUCAAGAGUGAUGCAGGGAUGUAUGUGUGCGUGGCCUCCAACAUGGCAGGAGAACGGGAGAGUGGGGCAGCUAAACUUGUGGUCCUGGAGCGUCCCUCAUUCCUGCGUAGACCAGUGAAUCAGGUGGUCCUGGCUGAUGCCCCCGUGGACUUCCCAUGUGAGGUGCAGGGGGAUCCCCCGCCUCGUCUACGCUGGCGCAAGGAGGAUGGGGAACUGCCCACAGGCAGGUAUGAGAUCCGGAGCGACCACAGCCUUUGGAUCGGGCGUGUGAGCGCUGAAGAUGAGGGGACUUACACCUGCGUGGCGGAGAACAGCGUGGGCCGCGCCGAAGCAUCCGGCUCCCUCAGUGUUCACGUCUCUCCCAGAGGCCAGCUCAGCAUCGCUGAAGUGCAGAGCGGGGAUGCUGGCUACUACGUGUGCCAGGCUGUCAGUGUGGCCGGCAGCAUCUUGGCCAAGGCUCUGUUGGAGGUGAAAGGAGCCUCCCUGGAUGGGCUGCCUCCCAUCAUCCUCCAGGGACCAGCCAAUCAGACGCUGGCACUUGGCUCCUCUGUGUGGCUGCCAUGCAGAGUGACUGGGAACCCUCAACCUAGUGUCCAGUGGAAGAAGGAUGGGCAGUGGCUGCACGGGGAUGACGUCCAGCUCAACCUAAUGGCCAACGGUACCCUGCACAUCGCCAGUGUGCAGGAGAUGCACAUGGGAUUCUAUAGCUGUGUGGCCAAGAGUUCCACAGGGGAGGCCACCUGGAGUGGCUGGCUGAGGAGGCGGGAAGACUGGGGAGUAUCACCAGACCCCCCUACAGAACACAGUACCCCUCCGGGGCCUCCCUCGCAACCAGUGGUCACUGACAUUACCCAGAACAGCAUUACCCUGACCUGGGAGCCUAACCCACAAGUUGGGGCCACAGUCGCCUCUUAUGUGAUAGAGGCCUUCAGCCAAGCCUCUGGCAACACGUGGCGGACGGUGGCAGACGGCGUGCGGCUGGAGACACACACCGUCAGUGGCCUGCAGCCCAGUACCAUCUACCUGUUCCUGGUGCGAGCCGUGGGAGCCUGGGGCCUCAGUGAGCCCAGCCCCGUCUCCAAGCCCGUCCGCACCCAGGACAGCAACCCAUCCGGGCCAGUGGAGGAGGACCCGUGGAGAGGCCAGCGGGGACUGGCUGAAGUGGCUGUGCGUCUGCAGGAGCCCGUAGUCCUUGGGCCCCGGACCCUGCAGGUGUCCUGGACUGUAGAUGGCCCAGUCCAGCUGGUACAAGGUUUCCGGGUGUCUUGGAGGGUAGCAGGUCCUGAUGGGGGAAGCUGGUCAGUGCUGGACCUACAGUCCCCAAACCAGCAAAGUACUGUGCUAAGAGGACUCCCCCCAGGGACUCAAAUUCAGAUCAAGGUUCAAGCUCAAGGCCAGGAGGGGCUGGGGGCUGAAAGCCCCUUGGUGACCAGGAGCAUUCCUGAGGAGGGUAAGGGGGUGGGGCCCAGAGCUGAUGGGUGGACAAGAGGGAAGAAGGAGUGGGGGAGGAUGAAGGUUUGCCUGGGGAGAGCAAGGAGCCGGUGGGAAGGGGGGAUGCAUCUCACUUCCCUAAGAUGUUAG